AUGACGGAUUCCGAUUCCUCGUCGUCUUUGUCCUCUGUCGUUUCGACGGCUGACGAGUCCAUCGCCGAAUCCAUCAACCGCAGCGCUGGAAUCACUAAAUAUUUCAAAAAGGCAGAGAAGCCUGAACCACCACCACCGUCUCCUAAACGGCCUCCGUCGCCUCCUCACGAAUAUGUCCUAGCUGAUAAUCCUAAUAUCGCAUUCCUUGUGAUGUUCCGGUCGAGAUUCAGCGAUGUCUUCCCCAAAUCGCUUCCGCAUUAUGGCCCGCAUGAUAUAGAAAAGGGCGUUGUUGAACCCGCGCCGGGUGACCACAUCGAGCGGCUGCUUUGUGCACUACUUGGCCUUGUACUCAACAGGAAAAAGGAUGUCGAGAGAGGCCAUUACCAACGCGCCCUCGAGGAGGCUAUACAGACACACCAGUCGCAGUGGCCGAAGGCAUGGCAAGGGAAAAGCCCUCUUUCAGGUGGAGGAGGCUUUGCGACUAUGACUCCUGAGGAAAGGAUCCAAUUGCUUACGACCCUGACCCUAUGGGCCCUCUCCUCCUCCGAAUCUGUUCAGGCGAAGCUUAAAGACUCCUACAAGCAAUCCAGACACGACGGCGAUCGCAAUCAGCCGUUGUCCGUUCAGCCUUGGGGCACCGAUACUCUGAAGAGGCGAUACUGGCUCAUCGAAGGCCAAGACGACACACACUUCAGACUCUACAGAGAAAGCAACCCUGCACUGAAAACGAACACCUGGUGGAGCGUCGCCGGCACAAUUCCAGAACUACGAACUGUCGCUGAAUCUUUGGCUACCGAGAAAUCCCGUGCGUCUAAGGAGCUGAGCCAGAAGAUAUUAAAUAGUAUCCCUCGUUUUGAGAACUCAGAGGAGAAACGAAAACGACGGGACUACCGGCUUGCUCGGAAAGCUGCAUUUGCCCGCCCCGAACCCGGCUUCUCUCUCUAUGAAGGCCGAACCCGCGGGAAGCGGAUCAAGUACACCUUCUCUGACGACGACGAUUUCUCGUCAGAGGCCUUUCCCUCCAGGAAAUCUACACGCAACCAGUCUCGCGCUUCAUCCCCUCCAGAUAAUGCCGGACCUACUUUUACUGCAUCCGGUCGCCAGGUGAGGUCCAGAGUUGGUGGAAUGUAUGGUCAGACCGUUCUUGGGAAGCGACCCCUCGACGCGACCGACGACGAACCAUCAAGCAACCCUGCUGGCGGGGAGGAUGGAGGGAUGGAGAACGGCAGAUCCCGCAGAAGCAGGCGGGAUAAUCGCAGUAAUGGGUGGGAAGGAUCUACUCCUAGCGACGCCUUUGACUCCGCAGGUGAUUCAGAAGGGGAAGACGAACAUGAAGCAGCAUCAAGUGAAAACGAGUGGGACGAGGAUGCGGACCUCGCAGCAGACGAUGAGGAUGAAGACGAGGCCGCACUAAGUGAUGCAGACUCAUUUACAGCGGAUUUAGACCUGGACAGGAACAAAACCUUGGUCGUGAAACUACGCUACGGAAACGGAAACGGAGUCGCAGCGAAAUCACCUCAGGCUGGCUCCGACCAAGUCAAGCCGAUGAUACAAGAGGCAACUAACAAUAUCAAUACACCUGCAGCCAUGUCGACAGAAGUUCCAGCGAACAACCAAAGCCUAAAAGCAGCUGGCGAGCUUCCAAAAGCACCUUACGCUGUCGAGAUUCCAAAGUCGGGAUUUUCAGGCAAUGACCCUGCCUUGAAGCAGGCUUAUACCUCUACCGCCGAAAAGCAGGAAUUUCAACUACCAUCUCAUAACGGAGUCGCCUAA